AUGAAAGUUCGCGAUUUACGGAUUGCUAAAAGCUAUCGUGAUGCUGUAAAAAAAUGGGGAGAGCCCAAUGUACAGAGGAAAAGGACAAUAAUUGCACCACCAAUGUCUGAAGCAAAGACUAAAGAUGUAAACAUUCAGCCGAUGAAAUACAAGGGAGAAGGAAACAAGGAAAGGAAACCUUUUGGAUUGGUACAGGACCUUGAUAUUCUUCUCAAGCAAAUAAAAAUCGAUGAUGAAAAUCUAAAUGGAAAAGACAAAGAAAAAUUCACACAAGAUUUUCUGGAGUACAAAAUUUGGAUUGAAAAAGAGAAGAGGAUGCGCAGUGACCUGAACAAUAUUGGCCUAAACAAGGAUUUUCUUCUUAAUAAAAAUGGAAGAACAGCUUUAGAAGAACGAGUUUUGAGAAGAUUAUUGUCUCCUGAUGAUGUAACAGAAGAGGAACAUGAUGACUCACCUGAAAUUGAACCACAUGUAAUUCCUACACCACCACCCUUAUCAAAGGCACAAAUGCGUCUGUUGCCAUUGUUACAACAACCUUUGCCAGUUGCACUUUCAAUUAUUGCUGAAUACUGUCAUAAUCACAAACUCCGGUUGCUUGAUUUGUAUUCCCAAAUUGACAAGGACAAAGACUGGCAAAUCUCAAGGGAAGAGUUUCGUAAACUAAUCAUCAACAACGAGAUCCCACUUACAUCUGCACAGCUUGAGGACAUGAUCAUAGCCCUUGAUGUUAAUAAUAAUGACCAACUAGACUACAAAGAACUAGCACAGGGAGUGGAGGCUUACCAUAUCGAUGAAAGGUGGCAAAAGAUUAGGGAGCUUAUGCAAAUAAUGGAAGCCCACCAAGAGGCAAGUGAAAAAACUAAAAAACAGAAAGAUGGAACUUCUGAAGCAUCUUAUGAUAACAGAAUUACAUCCGCAAGAAAAUCAACAAGAAGUCAACAGAAUUCGGCGCAAGGGACUCACAACGAGAGAAAAUUGUCCUCAACACUUAGAAGCAGAACCAUCAGGUCUGCAAGAGCUGGUUUAAGAGAUUCAAAAGAUGAUAUUGGCGAUAGAAGAACAUUGUCACUGGGGUUCUUGCAACUACCAGCUGUUGAGACAAAUGAAAAAAGCGAUUCAACAGCAACAAAGACUAGAGACAGGCGUUUGAAAAAGCACAGAGAACGCAAGGAAAAGACCAAACAAAGAAAUAAACAAGCAAAAAGUAAGGAAUUCUUGCCAUCGACGAUAGAAGGCAUAACUGGACAAAUGAAAGACAAAUAUGCCGAAGCAAUUGUCGGUCAAGUUGGGAAAUCCUUGGAUAUGAUGCAUACAAAUGGCAUACCCGUAAAGGAAGAGGCAGUUAAAAGAGUUAUGCUGUUCCCGUUUGACAAGCCUGUGGAAGACUGCAAAGUUUCAAUGCGACAGCCAGGCACAUAUGCCAUUUCAAGCACUGACUUUGGAUAUGCUCUUAACUUGAUACCCCAAGCAGAUCAAAGGAAACAAAAAGGUGGCAAGGAUGAUGUUUAUGAUGAUCAAGAUUCUACUGUGAAGAAACGGAGGAAAUCAAGUCAGAGAAAACGGCAAUGGUUACAAUCAAGGAAAAUGAGUCCAUUCUGGACAGACACAGUACAUGCUUUGUCAAGCGAAGACCUUGAUGGCCGGAGCCGUCAAGAUAGCCUAUUCAGUGUUGUGAAGACACCAGAAAUCUAAUGGAGCAACUUUAAAGACUCAGCGAGGGCGGAUUUUGCAGGAAUUGAACAAAGAGAACUUUGCAAAGCUAUACGUAUUACAGAUCUAGGUCACUGACAGGGCCAGUACAUAACCAUAUAUUAAUAUAUUUUUCUACAAACUGUAUGUUGAUAUUUAGUUUAAUAUAGAUAUUUUUCAUAGAUAUUUUAUAUUUAUACCUUUAUAGAGCAGCAAUACAAAGUUCAGAAAUUGUUUGCCUUGAUAUUAGAUUUAUUUUUCUCAAAUAUUCUUGUAUUGAUUCUUUGUGCUGCAUGAGAUGUUAGUAAUCUGAAAUAGAGGACACGAUGCUAAACAUCUUGUUCCGUUAUUUUUAGCGACUUGAUCCGUCAUUCCUAGACAAUGCUGAAAAUACCUCAAGUGUUUGUCAGCAGAAAUUCAUUCUUUAAUAUUUAAGAAAAUAAACAAAAGUAUACAAGGAUAGAAAUUCAUGACCGUAACAACAGUUAGCAGAGUAGAAGGCACAAGAUCGAGGUGCGAGAAGGAGGAAGUGAAGGCCAGCUACUAGCAGUGACAUGAAGCGCUAAUAU